CCGUGAGAACGUUAUUUUGUAUUUAGACCUUACUUGUGCUGGCUUAGGUACGUAUACUCGCCCAUCGCACCCUAGUAAUUCACUUUUAAUUAUUUGCCAUUCUUUAACGACAUAUUGGUGAAGGAGCUUAGGUUCAAAGUCAGCAUCCCCGGCGCCGAACGAUGAUUCAUCUCGUUAAACAGACGACGCCGAUCCGACCGGCCGGCAAUGUAACGCCGGGCCGGGAACAGCCGGCAGAUCUCCGAUAUGUGUACACGCUCACUGCCUUUGUGUCUAUCGGAGGCUUCCUCUUCGGUUGGAACCAGGGGGUCAUGGCUAUGAUCAUUGCCGACGAGAGAUGGCUGAAGCUGAUGCAGCCUGCAAGCGAUUGGAGUGUGGGCUUCGUUGUCAGCAUAUAUAACAUCGGUUGUGUUAUUGGGGCCAUGGCAACUAGCUUUUUUACAGAUGCCUACGGUCGUGAGAGGACCAUAUCCUUGGCGAGCACGGUCUUUAUCAUCGGUGCGCUACUUCAGGCCGCAUCCUACACCAUCGCACAGAUUAGCAUCGGACGUUUCAUCCUCGGGCUGGGGGUUGGCGCAUAUUCUGCAGGUAUUCCGCUCUACAUUUCGGAGAUAUCCCCUCCAGAGCUCCGCGGGAGGAUAGUCGGGAUCGAAUUAAUGAUCCUCUGUUUUGGCGAAAUGGUCGUGUUUUGGAUUGUCUACGCCUUCUACUUCCUUAACUCCGACGACUGGUGGCGAAUCCCUUUAGCUAUUCAAGUUGUGCCCGCUAUCAUUCUUGCCAUUGGAUGUUGGACAUGGGUACCUCCUAGUCCUCGUUGGCUUGUAGCUGAAGAGAGAUAUGAAUGUGCUCUCGAAGUUCUCUCAAGGCUACAUGGUUCAGAAGCAGCAGAACUCGAAAUCAGCGAGAUCCGGAAGACCGUGUCCGAAGAGCAAGUCACUACGCAGGCAUCUUGGUCAGACAUGUUUAAGCGGCCAGUCCUAAGAAUCACUCUAUUAGGAACCAGCAUCCAAAUGUUCCAGCAAACCACAGGGACUAAUGGGAUCUUCUAUUACGCGCCGUCGCUCUUCAAGAAGGGUGGAAUAACAGACCCUACCAUGGCCAAUCUAGCGACUGGAGGGAUUGGUGUGGUACUAUUCCUUAGCUCGUGGAUACCCAUUUUCUAUUUAGACCGCUUUGGACGAAAAACUUGGUUGCAAUUCGGCUUAAUAGGCAUGAUCUCUGCCCUUAUUGGGAUUUGUGUUCUACAGAAGCAUGCCGCAGACUACCCCCACAGUCCGGCAAAUAAUGCUAUUGUAAUAUUUACUUACAUGUUCUUUACAUUCUUCAAUAUGAGCUGGAGCUCCGGUUCGUGGACAUACGUAGCUGAAAUUUUUCCGAUGUCCCUACGCGCUAAAGGAAAUGCGCUUUGUACAGCCUCACUUUGGAUCUCGAAUUUUGUGGUAGCCCAGGUGUCUCCCCCUAUCGAGACUGCCACAGGUUACGGUCUUUAUAUACUGUUUGCGAUUAUAUGUAUCGUUGCGUUCAUCUUCGUACGAUAUGCCCUUGUUGAAACAAGAGGCCGGUCACUUGAAGACGUGGCGGAGCUCUUCGGCAUUGACGGUAGUAAACAGAGUCAAGACCCACGGGACUCAGUAAGACAAGGAUUACUUCAAUCUAAUUUAAGGGAUGAGGAUGACACCCUAGUUGACGACGACUCAGAGAAUAUAGAGUAACAUUUAUCGUAUCGAGGUACGCUCGGUAACCCUGCCGCAAUAUAGGCUUCCUACGAACUACUCCGACCUCUUGAAUAACGUAUAGAGUUCUAUGAACC